UCAUCAAUAUAUAAGCAAGUUUUACAAAUAUACAAAUUAAAUUAGCUAUAGCCAUGGUUUCUGAGAGAAAUGUGUCGUCAAAGAAUGUAUGUGUAGUGGGUGGCGGUCCCUCAGGGCUGGUGGCAGCAAGGGAGCUAAGGAAGGAAGGGCACAAGGUGGUGGUUUUUGAGCAAAACCAUGAUGUUGGAGGGCAAUGGCUAUAUGAUGCCCAAGUUGAAGGUGAAGAUCCCUUGGGAAGGACUCCUGAUUUCUUGAAGGUCCACAGUAGCAUUUAUGAGUCAUUGAGGCUUAUAUCUCCAAGAGAGAUUAUGGGUUUCUCUGACUUCCCUUUUAUCACCAAGAAAGGAAGGGACCAAAGGAGAUUUCCAGGCCAUGAGGAACUGCUCUCAUAUUUGCGCGAUUUUGCAGAGUUUUUUGGGUUGAGAGAGAUGAUAAGGUUCAAUACAAGGGUGGAGUAUGUUGGGAUAAUGGUGAAUGAUGAUGAGGAGGAGGUUGCAAUUGGGAGUAAUAUGAGAUGGAUUGUGAAAACCAAAGAGAAGAAUAAGGGUAGUGGUAAUGAGAAUAAGGUGGUGGAACAUGUGUUUGAUGCUGUGGUGGUGGCCUCUGGUCAUUAUUCUCAUCCCAGAUUGCCUCAGAUCAAAGGUAUGAAUGCAUGGAGAAGAAAGCAGAUGCAUAGCCAUAUUUACAGAGUUCCAGAGCCGUUCCGCAACGAGGUGGUUGUGGUGGUUGGGAAUUCACUAAGUGGGCAGGAUAUUUCCAUGGAGCUUGUAAAUGUAGCAAAGGAGGUUCACUUAAGUUGCAAGCAUCCUGACAAUAUUUCUCAAGGCUUGUCAAAAGUCAUCUCCAAGCAUGCUAAUCUACACAUUCAGCCUCAGAUAGAGUCACUGCAAGAAGAUGGAAGGGUUUUGUUUGUGGAUGGCAGCUCCAUCAUUGCAGAUACUAUCUUAUAUUGUACAGGUUACUCCUACUCCUUCCCAUUUCUUGACACCAAAGGAAUGGUGGUAGUGGAUGAUGACAGAGUGGGGCCCCUCUAUGAGCACACAUUUCCUCCUUCACUGGCUCCUUCUCUCUCAUUCAUAGGCAUUCCAAGAAAGCUGAUAGGGUUCCCUUUCUUCGAGUCCCAAGCAAUAUGGAUAGCACAGCUGCUGUCUGGAAAAAGAGCACUGCCAUCAUGGGAUGAUAUGAUGCAGUCCAUCAAGGAGUUUUAUCAGUCUAGAGAUCUUGCUGGCAUUCAUAAGCAUAAUACCCAUGACCUUGCAGAUUUUGAUUAUUGUGAUAAAUAUGCAGACUACAUUGGAUUCCCACAUCUAGAAGAAUGGCGCAAGGAGCUCUGCUUAUCAGCUCUCACAAAUGCAGAUGUCAACUUGGAGACAUAUAGGGAUGCAUAUGAUGAUCAUGAUCAACAAAUGCUCCAAGUAGCUUAUCAGAGCCCUCACUUCACUCAGCUUCAAUCCCAGGCUAAGAUGGAUGCACACAAAUUACUACACGAAUGCACACAAACUAUUCCAGAGUAGAUUGUGUGCAUGUUCAAUCCCAGGCUACACGAAUGCACACAAACUAUUCCAGAGUAGAUUGUGUGCAUGUACAAGUCCAUACAGUUUUACGAGGGGAGGUGGUUUCAUUUGAUCACUAAUAAUAUAUGGUUGCAGGGAUGGGAAUAGAAUACGGAAUAUUAUUUCUCCAUUCAAUUUAUUUCAUUGGUUAAUAGGUACUACUAGUGUGAAGUUUUGGAAUAUAUAAAUGUUAGUUCAAGCACCAAAAGGGGAUUAAUAAAUCCUAGCAUGUAACCAAAGAUACAUCAAGAAGAUGUAAUCUAUGAAGUCUGCUUUCUAUUUAUUUAUCAAAGUCUCAAGAUUUGAAACAGAGAGACAUGGAAUCUUAUCACAUGCUUUGUUUAUUA